AUGGAGAGCAAAGCAGCGGUCAAGAGGGCUGCGCUCGAAAGGUUGAAAGACCAUGCGGCCAGCAAGGGCGGGAAAUGCAUUUCAGAGGCGUACACGAACUGCAUGACGAAAGUCCAGUGGGAGUGCAACUUGGGGCACACGUGGCAGGCCACGCCGCACAGUGUGCUGAAUGGCCGCCGUUGGUGUCCUCAGUGUGCCAUCAAUAAGGGCAGGCUCAGCUUGGACCAGCUCCAAGCACACGCGAGGAAAAGAGGUGGCAGGUGCUUGUCCGACGAGUACAGGAACAAUCGGACCAAGGUUCGCUGGCAGUGCAAGCUGGGACACACCUGGGAGGCCGUGGGGUACAGUGUUUUGAACAAAGGGACCUGGUGCCCCGAGUGCGCUCGCACAACGAGAUCACGGUCAAACCGCACCUUGAGGGACUUGCAGGAGCAUGCCGCUGCCCGUGGUGGCAAAUGCUUGGCUACUGAAUAUGUGAGCUUGAGGGCGAAAGUGCGGUGGCGGUGCGAGAAAGGCCACACUUGGAGCGCGACAUCACAAAGCGUCUUGAACCAAAAGACCUGGUGUCCGGCCUGCGCUAAGCGUGCCCCUCUCGGCUUGGAGCGACUGCGGAGCCACGCUGCCCGGCUUGGUGGACACUGUCUUGCCGAGGACUACAAGAACAGCUACUCCAAGGUGCGAUGGAAGUGCAGCUAUGGCCAUGUAUGGCGAGCCAAACCAAGAGAUGUCUUCCACAAAGGCAGCUGGUGCCCCGAGUGCCAGAAGAUCGGCCUGGCACGUCUUCAGGCACACGCCACGUCGUUGGGUGGGAGGUGCCUGUGCAAGAAGUACAGCAACCGUAAAGCGAAGGUUCUUUGGGAAUGCCAGCUUGGCCACAGGUGGAAAGCCAGCGCUAAGCACAUCCUUCACCAGAAGACCUGGUGCCCCCAAUGUGCAGUCAGUGUUUGGAAGACGGAAGCGGAGAUCCGGAGCAUUCUGGAAGCCAUCUUCGCUCCUUCAAUGUUUGAGUCGUCCUAUCCUAAGUUUCUCGAAGGGUUGCAGUUGGACGGCUACUGCUCCGAGCUGUCCUUGGCUUUCGAGUACCAGGGGGAGCAGCACUACGAUCCUGACAACUACUUCCAUUUCGGUAACCCUUCAAGCUUUGACAGUCAGCUGGAGAGGGACGACAGGAAGCGACAACUUUGCGAUGAGGCCGGCGUGCGGCUGGUGCUGGUGCCGUGUUUCGCCAACGACAAGCGCCUUUUCGUGCUCACGGCUCUGCUUCAGUGGUUCUCCAUCUCUGACAUCACGGCCCCCAUGUUAUCGCAAGCUAGCAGGAUGGAGAUACAGCUGCAGCUUCCCGCGCCCCUGCAUGGAGAGAUUCAGAUGCUACGGCAGCGAGAUGAAGAAGUUCGUCUCCAGUUAGAGAAGCUGCUGCAAAAGGUUGGGCCGAAGCUGAAGAAGGCCAACGGUUCUUCGGAAGCUGCUGGGGCGCUUGUGGAUGAGGCGGAAGCAGAGCUGUCAGGCGACACGCCCGCCUGCGAUGCCUGGCCCAGGGCGCGGCACCUGCGCCUGGAAACGCCCUCCGGGCGUCUCGAGAUCCCGAUCUACUGCGACCCGCCUCUGGUCAUCAAGUGCAGGAUGACCACCGACUGCCCGAUGGAAGGGGUACCCCUGCUCGCGGAGGCGGAGCUGUCCGGCUGCGACGUGUCAAGCUGCUCCUGGACCUGGCAGCGGCGCGCUGCGGGCGCCGAGAAGUCGGAGCCCUGGCGCGACGUGGGGCGAGGCCUUCGCUAUCGGCCUGCCAGCGCGGAUGUGGGGUACUUCCUGCGCGUGCAGUGCCAUCCUCCUCGGCCUGGAAAAGCCGUUCCGAGCCAGACCAGCAAGCAGCCGGUGACAGCUCCUCCCGCAGACAGCUUCCGCUGGGCAUGCCUCGCUGAGCCUUGCGCGAAGCCACGCCUUCGAGUGCUAACCUACAACAUCUUGGCAGACAGCUGCGCGACGCGAAAGACGGCGCGCCUGACGACGUUUUCCUACUGCGACCCUGCCAUCCUGCUUGCGGGACCCCGGCGGCAGCGAGUGCUCCGCGACCUCCUCCAGAUCAAUGCGGACCUCAUGGGCCUCCAAGAGGUGGACAUAGGUCAACGCCUUGCGCUGGAGCCACCGUUGCAGGACUGCGGCUGGGAUGCUGCUUUCGCGGGCAGGCCAAACUGCGCCACUGCCCUACUCUGGCGCCGUGAGCGCUUUGAGGUCGAGGAGCCGCCCAAGGAGUGGCCGCUGAGCGGCGCUGUUGAGCGGCUCCCAGGCCUGAACGAAGAGGAGGCUGCGGCCAUCCGUGCACACCCGGCAACUGCCGCGGUCCUGGCCCAGGUACAAAAUGCAGCACAAAGCGUUCUGCUGCGAGAUCUGCAGACAGGGAGGCGCCUCCUUGUUGCGAACACACACCUCUACUUCCAUGCCAACGCCAACCACAUUCGCUUACUUCAGCUGUACAUGCUUCUCCGCGUGCUUGCCAAAGAAGCAGCCCGCAUCGCACACAGCGCGCCGGUGGCGGUUCUUCUCUUCGGGGACUUGAAUGCCCGGAAGGGUGCCUUUGGCCCCAGCGACCGGGGCUGCUGCCCACAAGCAGCAUAUCGCCUGAUACGGGACGGCGAAAUCCGCCGGGAGGACCCUGACUGGCGCUUCUCCCUCUGGCAACCACAGCCCGAAGGCAAUGAGGCCGGCCAAAGCGCGGCGCCACCGCACAAAGCAGAGGGUGGCCGCUGCAUCUGCUGCCAGGACUUCGGGGUUUUCCCGGGUCUCGGCACUUGCCCCCUCUGUGACGGAGAAGGCUUCGGCGGAGAGCCCCUGCUUUCUUUGGACCUCCGCCGUCCCUUGGACCUCGAGGAUGCCAACGAGCACCUGCAGGUCACCAACUUCACUCGAGACUUUCAGGAGUGUCUGGAUUACAUCCUCAUCGACAGACGUCAUCUCCGUGUGGCCCGAAGCUUCCCCGCGCCGCCACUGGAGGCGCUGCGGCGGCACACGGCGCUCCCGUCACCCGAGUUUCCCUCGGAUCACAUCCCGGUCUUCACGGAGAUCGAAUUUCACGCCUGA